ACGCUCACCGCAUACCAUGUCCAGCUCACAGUACAACUAUGACGAGGAUGGCGAGACGUGGCCGUACUUCGUGUUGACACUCUUGGCCGUCGUCUUGGUGCCGUACACCUACACCACCGUGAAAUCGCUUCUUUUUUCGGAAAAAGACGCUACGAAGCGUGCGCACGCAAUCGAAGUGGACUACACGCCGGCAAAUGCCGCGCAGAUCCGCUCGUUCCGCGUUGCGACACAGGCAAAGAAGCUCCUCAGCACGCGCCUCCUCGUGUUGGCAGUUGGCUGGGGUUUGUUUGCGUAUCUUGUGUUGAUUUUGAAGGAGAACACGCAUACCAAUGCGUUCGACCCGUAUGCCAUUCUUGAGGUGUCUUUGAGCGCCACCGAGAAGGAGGUCAAGUCGCGCUACAGAAAGUUGUCGUUGAAGUUCCAUCCCGACAAGAUUGCCAACGAUGUUCUGGCCGAAGUUAAGCAAUCGAUGGAGGAAAUGUUCAUCAAAAUCAACCAGGCGUACAAGGCAUUGACGGAUGAAGAUACCAAAAAGAACUACGAGCUCUACGGGCAUCCAGACGGCCCCCAGGAACGCUUGAUGGGGAUCGCGUUGCCAAAGUUCUUGAUCGAAGGCGCGUAUUCGCCGUUGUUGGUUGUGCUCUACUUUAUCGUGAUUGUUGGUGUCUUACCUUACGUGGUUGGCCGCUGGUGGACCAACGUGCAAAUGUACACCAAAAAGGGUAUCCACGUGGAAACUGCGACGUUCUUUGUAACCAAGUUUGUGAACCUCAACCCCGCCAAUAUGGUCACCCCGUUCACGAUUAUCGAAUGGCUUUCGUAUGCGACAGAGUUCAAGCUCCAGUGCCCGGACUUAACUCCGAAGCAAAUCGAACAGCACAUCUUAGACCACUUGUACAGAAGAGUGACUGCGGACGAAAGAAGCAAGUUGGAGAUUGUGUCUAUCUUGCCUACCUUGAUCAACGCUUUACUCGAUAUCUCGGCGACGUUCCGCAACUCAGAAAUCAGCUUGCUCCUCAUUGACUUGAACAGGUACAUCACCCAGGCGUUGGUGCCGGGCGGCAGAUACGCGCAGUUAUUGCAGUUACCGUACGUAGACCCUAAGGUCGUGACCAGCCAGCUGGUCAAGACUUUAGGCAAGUUAUUGACCCUCUCGGAAGAAAAGAUUGGUGAGGCGUUGGGGAUCAAGGAUGCUGCGCAGUUGAAGACCGCCAUUCAGGUGGCCAGCGAGAUUCCGCUCUUGAAGAUAGUGGAUGCCAAGUUCACCGUUCCGGGCGAGACCGUCGUUACCUCCAAUUCGACUGCGUACUUGGAAAUGAGAGUGUUGGUGAAGUCCGCGAAACACACCUUCAAGGGCGGAAAGUUGCCAGUGCUCAAGAAGGAAAAGUUGGCGUCGAUGGAUGCGGAGGCGGCCAAGUUUGAAAACUUGAAGGAUCCGAUGAGCCUUGCGGACCAGCAGCCAGAGUUGCCAGCGGCAUACGCCCCGUGGUUUCCCCAAGCUGUCAGUUCGGGCUGGAUGGUUUGUCCGUUGUUGCAGUCCGACGCCAAGUUGGCCGAGCCUCCGACUUUUGUGAAUAAGUUGGAUUUGUCCAACUUGGAGUUGACAUCUGAGGAGAUCACCACCGCUGACAAUGAGAAGUUGCAGGUCGGGCUCAUCAAAGUCAAGCUCAUCGCUCCGACGCCUGGCACCACCGGCCAGUUCCAGUUCAGAAUCAUCGUGAAAAACAUUGCGUACUUUGGCGCUGACUUGGACUUCCCGAUCAUCAUGACCGUGGAGGAGCCACCGGCUGAGUAUAUCGAGGAGAAGAUCUAUGAGAUUGAAGACCCAGACGAGGACUCCCUCGCUGGCGCCAUGGCCCUGUUCAGAGGUGAAAGGGUGAAGAGAGUCGAGUCAAGUGAUGACAGUGACGAAAGUGACUUUGAUGAUGACAAGAACGACGGUAGCGACUUCACUGACAUCAACACUGAUACCGAAGAUGAGAAGUAAUACCGAGAUAAAUGGUGCUUAAAUGGAUGAGCAGCAACGCGCAGUGAGACGUGCUCUGGUUAUUAGUUAAUGUAUUAAUGGUCUAUGCUCCAAUUUGAAGGGUUCCGUUGGCUAAACUAGAUACGUAAUUUGCCUGGUGGUGCUAUCAUGUAGAUAACUCUUGUGUAAUUCAGUGGUUAUCAAAUUCUAUCGAUUACUUCUGUUACGGGAUAGUGCUGGUUUGACAAUUUUUCAAUUCCUUCUGACUUGUCCAGAUACUGAGACUUUUGUGGGUUUCCUCUGUGAUAUAGGGGCCUGGUUUAUUGUUGUAAGGAAUUGCCUGGCUAAAUUGCAAUGAACUUUUGCUAAGACGUGUUAUUUUGGUUCUGGCUCGGUUGGCUACCUACUUUCCCUAAAAUCGAAAAUGCACCCUUCCACUAUUUGCG